UACAAAAUUUAAGUUGACAUGUUUUUUACACAUGGCACCUCAUAAGAAUGCAGCACUUUCGUGGAAAAGCAUUACAGGAGUGUCUGGUCUCUGCGCAAAGUUUGGAAUGUCUAACAGUUGGAGUCUACCAGUCUGCAAGAGUCGUGAAUGUUGAUCCAGACUGCGUGGCUUUCUGUGUCCUGACAACUGACAAGGAGAACGAAUGCGACAUCGCCCUGCAGAUCCGCUUCACCUUAAUCCAGGCGUUCUGCUUUGAUAACGGAAUCGACAUCGUGAGAGUGGAUAACACACAGCGACUGGCUGAGAUUCUGGGCAACACUGAUCUGGCCAACCUGAAGAUCUGCAAUAAAAAUAAAUAA